ACGCCGCGUAUUCUGCUGUACUAAUAAAAUAAACUGUUUUUAGAAACAUGUGGGUUAUUCUAAACUAUUUCUCAGUUUUUGACGAUAUAUAAAAGAUUUAAAUAAUAAAUGUAACACAUUGAAGUACUACCAGUAUUGUUAUGAGUCCAUCCGAUUUAACUGAGCGUGUACAUAGAUUUAUGAUGAUGAAGGAAAUAUAGAAUAAAUAAUCAAUAUGGCCUUCGAAGAAAGCGGUACAGCAAAUAUAACGCAGACACUUUCAAAUCUGUUCGAGGAGGUACUACACGCGACUGAAGACUCCGGUGAGAAUAAGAGCGUUGACGUGACGAAAUUCUUAAGCGCUUUAAAGGAAACGUCCACUAAAAGAAGCGAUGCUAUUGACUUUGGUACAUUAGUCAAAUUAGUAGAUGGCUGGCGCACGAAGCUGAAUCUUACUAAGCCGGCAGAAUCAUGCGACUACUGUGAAGGGAGUAUUCGAGACGUUAUUCUUGCUUACAACAGCAUCCACGGAUACGUAAGCUUAAUUGUAUGUUUAUUCGGAAGUUUGGCUAACACGUUGAACGUAGCGGUACUCACUAGGAGAGACCUCGCUGCAUCUCCUAUUAAUCGUCUGCUGAAGUGGCUAGCGGUUGCCGAUGUUUUUGUGAUGCUGGAGUAUGUUCCCUUUGCUAUUUAUAGAUACUUGAUAUUGCCGGGACAACGCGAAAUGCCGUAUAAAUGGGCGGUAUAUCUGUUAUUCCACAUGCACUUCACCCAAAUAUUUCACACAGCCUCCAUAUGCUUAACUCUUUCACUUGCCGUUUGGAGAUACGUAGCUAUUAAGUAUUCCGAUAGAAGCCAUGUACUGUGCUCGGAGCGACGAUGCAGCACCGCAAUACUUAGCAGUUUCAUUCUACCCCCUAUCCUCUGCAUUCCAACUUUUAUGGUAUUCGAUGUUCACACAGCUGUGGUGUUAGAAACUAAUGGGCCAGUGAUUCUUUAUCACGUAGACGCUGACGAUGAAGGACAACUAUAUCAGAUAAAUUUUUGGGUACACGCGGUUGUCAUCAAAUUACUGCCCUGUAUUAUACUGACGAUUAUCAGCUUGUGGUUAAUACGAGAAGUGUAUAGUGCUAAUGAGCACCAAAAGAAAAUAAGAGUCUACAAUGCGUGCCCCACCAGCAAUAAAAUUAUAAAACGUCUGUGCAAAGGAGACAGGCGUACGAAUAGAACAACGAAAAUGCUGGUAGCAGUGUUACUUCUAUUUCUAGUUACAGAAUUCCCUCAAGGAGUUUUGGGUCUUCUCAGUGGUGCUUUGGGGCGAUGUUUCUUUAAACGCUGCUAUGAUUUAUUUGGCGAAUUAAUGGACGCGCUGGCUUUGCUCAACGGGGCUAUAAACUUCGUUCUGUACUGUUCAAUGUCUCGCCAGUUCCGGAUGACAUUCCGCCAGAUGAUGUGGAGGGCUCAUCUCCACCGUUGGCCGCCACCACAGCCCUCUCACUCUGACGGCUUGAACACAGCUAAAACAUCGAUUCCUUGAAAUAGGGUGAAGGAGAAAGAAGCCUAUGUCAUGCAGCAAUUUUUAUGAAAUGUUGGUGAUUAGUAGGUUGUAGCGAAAAUACAAACUGUAAAACGUUAAGAAUCUGACAAGUAUUAAUACAUUUGAAAAAUAUUUUCACUUUAAAAUUAUCUAGUCAAGCUUCAUAGUCAUGCAACUAAUUGCUUAAAUGUAGAAUAAUUAAAUAAAUUAACUACAAAUAUACGAAUUAAUUUAUAAGUUAAAAAAAUAAGUUAAUAAUUUUAUGCAUAAAUACAAUGACUCAAUAUAAUUUAGGUACUAAAAAUUAGAAUAGAAUUGCUUUAUUUCAAUAAUUGUGGUAGAAAUACUUGUAAAGAAUAAAAUUUAUUGUUUCAUAUUUUUAUUUAAAUAAUAUAUUCUUUGUAUGUCACGUUAAUGGUAACUACUAGAAUAUUUAUCCAUAUUCUAUUCUGCAACAGAAUUAAUAAAUCUUAUUAUAAAUAUGAAAUAACAUUGUUACAACCAUUUAAUUUAACAUUUUCCCGGUUAUCAUCUAACUUAGACAUUGGAAUAUCUGUUUUAAUAAGUUACUUUUAAAGAUUAAUUUUCUCUACCCUUAAUUAAACCUUAGAAAUAGAUUUAUUUAACAUAUUAUUCACUCCUAUUAUUUUUACCGUUAAUAAAAAAUUGUCAUAGCGAUAGAUAUUUAAGGAAAGCAUCUUCGAGAACCCAAUAAGAUAAAAAACUUUUUUUAAUUAUUAAUCAGUACUGUUUCUCUAUCUGUGGAUUGGAGUGGUCGUAGAACUAAGUCAUCAAUAAAAAUAUUACAUAAAUAAAUAAGUAUAUAAGUGUAGGUACAUAAAUCUUUGUUUUGUCUGAACAUAUUGUUGUUUAACUAUUGUUGUCUCAGACAGAGGCAUUACAAGGACGGUUCAUUGUUUGGUUUUUAUGUAAGUUACUCUAAGUCUUGUAUUGUCAGCAUCUUUUCAAAGAUAUGAAGUGAUUAAGAGAAAUAAAAUUUAUUAUUAAA